AUGGCACCUUAUCGGGUGGCUGGAGGACUGUCUCAAUCUUCAGCAAGUUCUGGUAUUUUUUUCCAAGGAGAUGGACAGUCUAAGAAUGUAAUUAACUCUCACUUGAGUUCGUCUUUUGGGAACUCUGCCAAUUUAAUUUCUGGAACAUGGCGCUCGAACCUAGGCCCAGUUUCUGGUGACGUGAAUCAGACAGUUUUGAAUAGUGUGGCAAAUUCAGGGCCAAGUGUUGGAGCUAGUUCUUUGGUCACUGAUGCAAACUCGGCCUUCUCAGGAGGUCCCCAGUUGCAAAGAAUUGCCAGCAUCAACACAGAAUCCUACUUACGAUUGCCAACAUCACCAAUGUCAUUUUCAUCCAAUAAUAGUAGUGUUUCUGGUUCCUCUGUGAUAGAUGGACCAACAGCGGUGCAGCAGGGUUCUCAUCAUGACCCUAAUUCUCAGCAAGCUAUUCAGAGUCAACAACAGUAUCCUCAAGGGGCAUCUGGUCCUUCAUCAUUGCAAGGAUCUCAAACAGGCCAACUGCCGCUUUCAAUGGGCUUAAGGAUUCCCAACUCAUUCAUCCAAGACCCUGCUAAUUUAUCCUAUAUGCAGAAAAAACCACGGCUGGAUGUGAAGCAAGAAGAUAUCUUGCAGCAGCAGGUUUUUCAUCAGUUGCUGAAGAGGCUGGAUUCAAUGCAGUUGCAAAGCCAUAACCCACAGUUGCAGGCUAUCUUUCAGCAGCAGAGACUACGACAACAACAACAAAUGUUGCAGGCAAUGCCACCAAUGCAGCGUGCUCAGUUACAGCAACAGCACCAGCAACAACAGUUGAGACAUCAUCUUCAACAACAACAAAUGGCUGCCAUGAAGAAUCCUUAUGACACUGGAGGUGUAUGUGCGCGUCGUCUGAUGCAAUACCUGUUUCAUCAGCGGCAAUGA